CAGACAAUCAUCUCCGGUCUACACAAUUCCCACUUUACCUUUUCCACGACAUUUUUCAAAUCCGUACGACAAUUCUCCCUUUCAACAGCUCCGUACACAUCAAUUCUUGAACUGUAAAAGAAUCAGCAAGUAAAGAAAGUUGGAAUUUUUCUCAGUUUGGUCGUCCCAGUUGUGUAGUAAGAUGAAAGGCGCUGAUUUUAAAUGGUAUGAUGGGUUCUUCUUGUCAAUGUUAGCAACUAGUAUAAUCAUUGUGGCGAUAAAUUGGAAGCGGUACCAUCUUUGUAUAUACCCGUUGCACAUUUGGAUCGUGGUUGACUACACAACAGUGUUUCUUUUUCGGCUCUUGAUGUUUGUUGAUAAUGGACUUGCUGCUGGAAUGGGAUUGGAUUUGGGUUGGCAGCAGAGAUAUACUCGCUUUCGUGGAAGAAUAGUUGUUCUUUCAAUCCUUGCCCUGAUUCUGUAUCCUUUUCUUUGGGCUUGGACCAUUAUCGGGACUUUAUGGUUCACUAGUGCGAGAAACUGUUUGCCAGAAGAAGGUCAAAAGUGGGGUUUCCUUAUUUGGUUGCUGUUCAGCUACUGUGGACUCGUUGGCAUAGCUUGCAUAUCAAUGGGGAAGUGGUUAGCUAGAAGACAAGCCCAUUCGUUACGUGCUCAACAAGGAAUUCCUACUUCAGAAUUUGGGGUGUUGGUUGACAUGAUCAGAGUGCCAGAUUGGACUUUUGCAGCAGCAGGACAGGAGAUGAGAGCAAUGGGCCCUGAUGCUACUUCUUAUCAUCCAGGACUUUACUUAACCCAAGCUCAGACAGAAGCAGUGGAAGCACUCAUUCAGGAACUACCGAAGUUCCGGCUGAAGGCUGUUCCUACUGACUGUAGUGAGUGCCCUAUCUGUUUGGAAGAAUUCCGCAUGGGAAACGAGGUUCGUGGUCUGCCUUGUGCUCACAACUUCCAUGUGGAAUGCAUUGAUGAGUGGCUUCGUCUAAACGUGAAAUGCCCUAGAUGUCGCUCUUCUGUUUUUCCGAAUCUUGAUCUCAGUGCCUUAUCCAAUAUCCGAGUUGAUUCGGAGGGGUCAACAGUCAAUGUCGUGACAGCAGCUCGGUAUGUGAGAUCUCAGCCCUCCAGCCAGAGCUACCUGCUGAGAUUGCAAGGUUUGCUUCGUCCUGUGCGCACACAGGAUGCUGGCCUGGGCAAUGAUGCAGAUCCAGCUUCUGGAACAGCUGAUAGCAGCAGUGAAGCAUUGACACAUCAGACUCAUGGAAACGUGGAACCUGUACGAGUUGUGGUGGAACAGUCCCCAAGGGAGCAAUAACCAUACUUCUGCGGAGGAUCUUUACCGGUUGAAAGGUCUUAACUUGGCAAUUGGUAGCCGCCGUAAUUAAGUGUCUGCAGUGGUUCCUCGGUGCAAUCAAAAUUCAUGGAUUAAAAAGCUAGUAUGCAUUCAAUGAGUUAUGUUCGUGCCAUCUUGUUCUGGUGUGAGUUAGUUAACUAACUUUGGCCUUUGUCUUACUCAUAUAUGUUUCUUUACCACGAGUUUCAUGGAUCAAUUCACAUACUGUUUAUUCUGAGUCUCUGGGCAAUGUUGCUACAUGAAAUCUUCAAGAUUUGAGUUUCCAUCAGUAAAAGUAACACAAUCUGCCUUUCAGAAUCCAUCAAGUUCAAGUCCCUGUUGCUACAACUUGUUAGUAAGUACUGUAUAUUGUACUACUAUUUUAUGUAUUGUAGGAAAAACAGCUGUCUCCAUGUUGAUAGUCAGAUGUAACAGCUCAAUGCAAUAAGAAUAUUUGUUGUCUAUUUUUAAAAUCAAAUCAAUUGAUUUCUGUUGA